CUGUCACUUCGAGAAACACGGAAACGUCAAAAUACAAAGGAUAUUUAAAACUUUCAAUUCUCUUUUCUACCUAAAAAACAACUGGGCCGAACGGAACUCCAAGAAACGGUCACCUGUCAUGGGCCGCGCGACACAAAGGAGCGCCAGCUGAGUCGACGCAAUGAAGAAGGUGGUGCUGUUUAAGGGCGCGUCGGAGGAGUACGAGCGCACCUUCCGCGAGCACAACUACGAGGCGAUGUUUGUGGAGCCGCUGCAGUUCACGUGCGUAAAUCUGGAGGCGCUGGGCACGGCGCUGCGCGGCGAGUACACGGGGCUGGUGCUGACUAGCGCGCGCGCGGCCGAGGCGGUGGCGCGCUGCUGGGACCCGGCGCGCUUCGUGUCCUGGAGCGCGCGCCGCGUCUACACCGUCGGCGACGCCGCCGCGCACAAGAUCAAGCUCCUGCUCGGCCUCGAGGCCCUAGGCACCACUGCCGGCAAUGCUGAGAACCUCGCUAAGAUUAUUGUGAAAGAAACUGCGAGCUCUAGCAAAUUCCUGUUCCCCUGCGGAAAUUUACGAUCUGAAACCCUUCCGACCAUCCUUCAAUCUAAAGGUAUUUCGGUAGACUCGCUAACUGUUUAUGAGACUAAGGAGAAUGACAAUUUAAAAGCAGAUUUGAUGGAGCUGAAUGGGUCCACACAUGACCCGUGCUGUAUGGUGUUCUUCAGCCCCUCGGGCUGCGAGUACAUCCACCGGCAGCUGCAGACGUUCAGCAACCGACUAACUGACCUGCCGUACUUUGCCAUUGGCAACUCCACUGCACAUAAGAUUGAGAAUUUGGGUGUAGAGAUUGCCGGUGUAGCGGAGAAGCCCCGCGCCGAGAGUGUCAUAGAGUCGAUACAGAAGUAUUUUGCUGCAAGUACUAGUAGUUAGUGGCACUAAUAGAGAACAAACAGGUACCAGGUGGUAACCAGUCUACCAUUAACCCUUUAACGUUCAGAUUAAAAAGAAUACAUGAUUCAAGCCUCAUUGCCCCUUUAAAGUCAUAAAAAUUCUGCAUAAGAAAAAAAUACUAAAAUAUGAUGUUAUUGUGAUAGGGUGGUCAUGUUUUCCGUUUAAUAUAUAAGGCUAUAGGUUCACACGGCGUUAAUUUUUCUCGUAUACCGUAUACGGGAUUUUAUCGAAUACGGUAUACGGGAAAAAUUAACGCUGUGUGAACCUACUCGUACUUAGCCUAAGUGUGCGCAAUAAAGGGUUACAUGAUUAGCCUCACUUGCAUAGCAGCUACAAUCAUUCUGUUCUUAAUAAUAACAUUCCUUUUAAACAUAUGAAAAGUGCAAUAAAAAGGUACAUAUGUAUAUAUAAAAGACUGAUAUAUAUAAUCUGGUGGCCAUAUAACAGCUUUCAAAUUUGCAUUUUUGUGAAAUCCAUCCAAUUAAAAAUAGAAAUAAGUAAUUAUAGUGGAAAUCUCAAAUAUUACAGGCCAUAAUAUUAUGUACAUUAAAUGAAAUAUAGCUCUUAUGAAUAAAGUAUUCCCAGUUCAAUUAUUUAGAAAUCAUAAGCAUUAGGUGUUGGUAUUGUUAUAUUUUUUAUUGUUUGUUUAUAAUUCUUACACAUGUACAAUUUUUUCAUAAAAAAUAUAAAAA